AUGGACAGCAGCAGCCGUCCGUCGUUCCUGCACAGCGUGCUCGGCAGCAGCAAGUCGCCAACCGCCGUCGGCCGGGAGCCUGAGCGACUUAACGACGUGCUGGCCCGCUAUCCGUCGCAGCAGCAGCAGCAGCAGCAGCAACAAGACGCGUCGGCGCUAGGCCGCCAUGCCGUAAAUGGCGAGAGCGUCGUGAGCAGUCCGCUACAAGCGCAGAAGGCAAGAGAGAUAGACGCGUUGACAGCAUCGGAGAGUGACACGCUGGCAGGAUCUCACGCCGCACCGAUGCACGAGACAAAGGCUGAACGCCUGAUCCGCAUGCAGGAGGACCGCAAGCGCCAGCUGGCGGUCAGAGCAGAGCAGGGGUCGUCAGACUCAGAUGAAGGUCAGACAAGGAGACACUCCAAACCACGCAGGCUCAAGAAGGAAGGCAAAUCAGGUGAGACGCCCUCAACCGACCCGGACUCGGGAUCGAGACGCAAGUCGUCUCGCGAGGCGAGCCCAGCUAAGGCGACGCGAUCCGCGAAGAAACCAGCGAUAGCUGCAUCGUCAGAGGUGGCAUCCGCGCAGACUCCGAAAGCCUUCGUCGAGUACGUCGACACGUCGCUAUCCACGCCCGCGCCCCCUAGUGGCACCGAGCAGAAGCAGGUCAGGGAGGAGAAGAAGAAGGAGGAGAAGGCGGCGGCAGAGAGGAGGGGGAGGAAGGAGCUUUACGAUGCUGAGUUGAAGAGGCUGAAGGAUAAGAGCGCAAAGAGAAAGUCAGCGCUGAACUCACCUGCGAAUAACACGU